UACCACCAAGUACAAUGCACCAUUACAAGCUCGCAUAGCAGAACUGCUCACAACCGCCUUCCCUUCCGAGCUCUUCGUUUUUCAGAACCAGUUUCUCGAUUGAUUUUUGUUUUUAGCUCUGAACAAUGCCAACAGGAGAAGAUUAUAAGAUAAAGAAGAAGAACAAAUCGAUCAGGAAGAAAUUGCGGAGCGAGUCAUCGAAGGUUUCUAAUCGCAUCGCCGCCAUCAUCGCACAAAAAAAGCGUCGUCAGUCCGGCAAACGCAGAAUGUGUCAGGGAAUGUGUUUUAGCCUCCCUACUCCUGAGGAUCCUUUCCUAGACAAACCUACAAAUCUCGAUUCUAAGAAAAAGGACAAGACAAAGAAGACCAAGAAAGUUGAGCCAUCAAAGGGAGUUGAUAAUUUGUCAGAAAAAGGAAAUAAAAGAAAGGCUAAAGAAGAUGAUCAAUCAAAUGGAAAAAACCAGGAACAGAAAAGGGCAAGGGUCGAGAAAGAUUCAGAUAAAAAAAGCACCAAGAAACUUAGCACCACACGUAUUUCAAAAGAUGAAGGCUGCCCUUCAAAAUUCUUAAUCUCAUGUUUGAAAACAAUACAAGAUAUGAUGCAUCACAAUGAAGCAUUCGAACCAGGAAAGCCUCUGUUCUUUGACUCAUGGGGCUUUGAUUUUUGGAGAUGUUAUUCAAGUGGCAAACAUGUAUUGGAAACAAAUGGAAGUUGUACAAUGGAACAAGUUGCUUGGAUAGCAUCAACUGCUGUUGACACCAUUACAAAUAAGGAAAAAGAAGGCGUAUCUUUCACCACCCCUUACCUUUUAUUCCUUGUACCUUCACAACAGAAAGCAAUACAGGUACGUUCUGUAUGCAAGCCAUUAAAGGAAUUUGGAAUACACACAGUCAGUCUACAUCCUGGUGCUUCCAUAGAUCAUCAAAUUCACGGAUUAAAAACUUGUGAGCCGGAGUUUCUUGUUUGCACACCAGAUAGACUUGUGGAGCUUGUUUCCAUGGAAGCCAUAGAUAUUUCUGGAGUUCGUUCUCUGAUUAUUGAUGGAUUGGGAUCUUCUACUGAAGGAGCUUACCUUGAGAGCAUCAAAUCUAUUCAAAAGCAUAUUUCUGUUGACCCACACACUGUGGUUUUCUGCCUAAGUGACACAUAUUCAUCUGAUGUGUCAAGUCUUCUGCCAACUCCAGUGUGCAGAUUGUCACGAGAGGAAUCCCUUAUCAACAAGAAAUAGCAAUGAGAAUGAACCUGUGGUUUGUGUGUAUGAUUGAUUUGGAAGAUACAGAUGAGGAUGAUUUAAGCAAAGGUGAGGUGGUGAAUGGUGAUUAUAUUUAUAUUAGUGUAUAAAGAUAUUCUCACAAGAAUGUCUCAGGAUACUUUAAAAGGGAAAUUGAACGUGAUUUUUAGGAGAGAAGAUGUAACACAAUUGCAGGACAAUGAGUUUUAUUGUUCUCAAAAGUCAAAACUACUCAUUUUUUAUUCA